CCCAAAGGCGGCCAUGACACCCCCAAUGGCAGCCAUGACACCCCGAACGACAGCCAUGACACCCCCAAUGGCGGCCAUGACACCUCCCUGACACCCCCAAAGGCGGCCAUGACACCUCCAUGAUACGCCCAACGGCGGCCAUGACACCUUCCUGACACCCCCAAUGGCAGCCAUGAUGCCCCCAAUGGCGGCCAUGACACCCCCAACGGCGGCCAUGACACCCCUAAAAGCGACCACGGGCAGCCAUGACCCCCCUGAAAACCACCCCACCGCCCCUCACCGCCCCCUCCCUCGCCCCUCCCGCCCCUCAGGCUCCGCCAUCCCGGGCGACGCCUUCGCGCAGGCGCGGCGGGAGCUGCUGGAGCACCUGGAGGCGGCGGCCUGGGGGCCGUACCGGGCCUCGCCCGAGUUCGGGCGCUACGUGCAGUUCAAGUGGCUCGAGGGGCAGCCCGUGGGCGCCGACGCCUUCGUGGAGUUCCGCGUGCUGGGCAAGGGCGGCUUCGGCGAGGUCUGCGCCUGCCAGCGCCGCGCCACCGGCAAGAUGUACGCCAACAAGCGCCUCAACAAGAAACGCCUCAAGAAGCGCAAGGGAUACGAGGUGGGGGCGCUUUGCGUGUCCCCGGCGUGUCCCCACAUCCUUGGCACGUCCCCACCACGUCCCCACCACGUCCCCGGUGCCCUGAGCGUGCCCCCGCGGCGCCGUUGGCGCGCCAGGUUCCACAUCUACAACGUGGACGAGGAGAACCCGGGGUUCGCGGAGCCGCGCACGGUGUUCUACACGGCGCAGAUCCUGCUGGGGCUGGAGCACCUCCACCAGCACCGCAUCGUCUACCGGGACCUCAAGCCGGAGAACGUCCUGCUCGACGACGCCG